GAAGUGGUGACAGGGACGGAAGGCCAGGCUUCCCCACACUCACUCAUCUGUGAGAAAGAGCAAAAGCAAGUGAAAGCUGUUUGGGGUGGCUGUUCAACAGGGGCUCUGACUGGGACCCAGACCCACCACCUAGACACGACUGCCAGGACUCCUCAGCGCCCAGCAGGAUCAGGGAGCUCAGCCACAGAUCACCUCACCCUUUCACCACCGGGGUGUCCUGCCUUACAAGGUCAGGCCUAAUGAACAGACAGUGGGCCCAGAAAGAACCCCAAUAGAUCGGCUGGAAGAGGCCUUAGAGGUCAUCUGGGAAACCAGACAGGGAGCUGGGUUUCCUGUUGCUUUGUGCAUCCUGUUGCCGUCGGAUGUUGUCUUGUCAGGCCCUCCCUCCAAGGGCCUGCGUUUCCUGACCUUGCCCAAUUUGGACACCACCACAGGUCAGUGGCCACGCCAGACCUGGGGGCAGCACAGAAUGCCGGCGGCCACCUCUCUGGCGUCUCUCUUCUAGGCUGGACGCUGCGUGGGCAAAGGCUUCUUGGCAAGCCCGGCAGGAGCCAAGGGACCCACCUCAUGGAGAGACGCUGGGUGAUGGAGGCGGCCAAUGGCUGCAAGGACGGCUUGGAUUUCAACCCCAUGAAAGAGUACAUGGUCCUGAACGCUUCCCAGAGGAUCGCUAUCGCGGUGCUGUGCACCUCCCUGGCCCUGCUAAGCGCCCUGGAGAACCUGGCCGUGCUCUACCUGAUCCUGUCCUCCCACCGGCUCCGCAGGAAGCCUUCGUAUCUGUUCAUUAGCAGCUUGGCUGUGGCUGACUUCCUGGCCAGCGUGAUCUUUGCUUGCAACUUUGUCAAUUUCCACGUCUUCCACGGCGUGGACUCUCAGGCUGUCUUCCUGCUGAAGAUUGGCAGCGUGACCAUUACCUUCACAGCCUCUGUAGGCAGCCUACUGCUGACCGCCAUUGACCGCUACCUCUGUCUGUGCUACCCACCCACAUACAAAGCCCUACUCACCCGUGGGAGGGCGCUGGCAACCCUGGGCAUCAUGUGGGUCCUCUCAGCAUUUGUCUCCUACCUGCCCCUUAUGGGAUGGACCUGCUGUCCCAGUCCCUGCUCUGAGCUUUUCCCCCUGAUUCCCAAUAACUAUCUGCUGGGCUGGCUCCUGUUCAUUGCCUUCCUCUUCUUUGGCAUCAUCUACACUUACGGGCACGUCCUCUGGAAGGCCCAUCAGCAUGUAGCCAGCUUGGCUGAACACCAGGACAGGCAGGUGCCAGGAAUGGCACGGAUGAGGCUGGAUGUGAGGUUGGCCAAGACCCUGGGGGUGGUGCUGGCUGUGCUUUUCAUCUGCUGGUUCCCGGUGCUGGCGCUCAUGGUCUACAGCCUGACCGCCACCCUAAGUGACCAGGUCAAGAAGGUCUUCGCCUUCUGCUCCUUGCUCUGCCUUGUCAACUCCAUGGUCAACCCCAUUAUCUAUGCCCUGAGGAGUGGGGAGAUCCGCUCCUCUGCCCACCGCUGCCUGGCCCACUGGAGGAAGCAUCUGAGGAGACGUGGGCUUGAAGGAAGCAAAGAAGUCCCGAGGUCCUCAGUUACUGAGACAGAGGCUGAUGUGAAAAUCACCCCGUGGCCAGAUUCCAGAGGACUCUACUGCUCUGAUUGCUGAUGAGGCCUCUCACAGUUCAACAAGCUGAGCCAAUCAUUUCACUCCCUGGAGGAGAGAGAGCCACCUUGACCCUAUUGUCUUACUUGAGCCAGCCCCAGGGGCCUGGACACUUACCCCUUUUCACUGAUGACUGAUGGCACCCACCCUUGGCAGGUAGCCUGGCCACGCCUAUUUGCACACAGACUGUUGGAGAGCUAGGCCCUGUGAGGAGUGGCAACGUGGGCAAGAGGCCUGGGCAGGCUCAGUGCUCGUCAGAUUAGGAGAACCUCCCCAACAAGAUGGCUUAGUGCUUGCGUCCUCCAGAGACCGCAGAGACCGCAGCCAGAUGGAGCCUUCAGGCUCAGCAACAAGGGACUUGGAGGACAUCUGGGAAGAAGAAUGGAUUCUUUUCCUGGGAUCUCAAAGUAUCGGAUGCGAUGGCUGGCCAACCCUGUCCUUGCUUAAUUGUCAGGGCCUCCUUGGCUCUAAGGCUAUGAAAGACCCCACUUUCUGGUCAUCCUUUCCUACUGAGGAUGAAAAACUUUGAUAUGAUGAGGCUCAAGGGGGUCGAUCCACCUCUUUCGUAGGUAAUUGACAAGCCUCCAGCUCAGGGAAUCUUGCCAUUAGUGCAAUGGCCCCACUUGACAUCCUGAGAAUCUCCACUCACAGCCACUGUGACCUAGGUCCCGGGGAUACAGGGGAGGCUGACACUGUGCAAGACACAGAAUUUUCAGAGCAUCUUCUUGAUCCCGUGAAGUCCUAUUUGAUGGUUUGGUUCCCCUGGAAGCAAGCAGUGCCCCAAUCUAAUACAGCUCUGAGAAAAAGAAAGACAUUCACUAGGAUUUCAUAAACUCCCAAAUUGUUCUCCGCUGUCCCUCAAUUCAGCCCCUUUGUCUCUUCCACACCCCUACAGCAAAAAAUAAACAGAGCAAGUGAGAGGAGGGGGAAAUUCCCUUCCUAUGUGCCAGGCAUGGGACUGACAUCCCACAGUCUGUUAUCGCCAGCAAGAACACAGCCCCGUGCUUCCGAACAUUCCAGGACACCCAUAUUUUACGUAUCAGGGAAGCUGUGUUCCUACCAAAGAAGCUUAAAACAGGCAAGAGAAAUUGUUGUUGGUGGGGAAGAUUACAGAGGCAUUCUAAUGCAGUUAUGUGGGACCACAGAGAGAGUAAAAGGCAAGAUAUUGUUCAAACAUGUCUUCAUUUAAUGUUUACAAGGCAAGGUGUCCACUAUUCAUUCAUUCAUUCAUUCAUUCAUUCAUGCACCCAUCUCACAAAUACGUGCCAGGCUUCAUGCUAGGUCCCGUGUGCAGCCAUAAAUGAGACUCUGCCCCCACCUAAAAGGACUUACAUUUUACAUUCUGGUGGGAAAGACAGCCACUAACGAAGAUAAUUACUGGUGGUACAAUGAAGGAACUCAUUAGUCAAGGGAAAGGGACUAACUGAGACAACUUUAGGUUGGUCAGAAAUGUCAGCUCGUUUUUAUUGAGGCUUUACUAUGUGCCACACACCAGGAUGAGUGCUUCCAAAUGAGGUAUUUCAUUUAGUCCUCAUAAUAGCCUGACCACGAGGGUCUGAAGAUCCUUGUUUUAUGGAUAAGGAACUAUCGAAGAGGCAAAAUCACUUGCCUGAGGUCACAUUGCCAAUAUGUACCCCAAACUGGGGUUUCCAACCCUUUCCCACUAACCUUUUGGCUUAGUUCAGCCAAAUUCUGUCAAUGAGGAAUAAUACUCGAUUUCUGUAACAUCAGAUUGUUGCUCUCUUAACUCACCAUUAUUUCUCACUGCACUUCAUUGUAUGUCCUGUGUUAAUUUCCGGUAACAGUUUUCCACAAACUGAGUGGCUUAAAACAACAGAAAUUCAUUAUUUCACAGUUCCGGAAGCUACAGUCCAAAAAUCAAGGCAUCAGCAGGGCCAUGUUCCUUCCAGAGGUUCAAGGACAGUAUCCUUCCUGGCUUCUUCCCACUCCUGGGAGUUCCUGAUGUUCUUUGGCUUGUGGCAACAGAACUCCAGUCUCUGCCUCCGUCUUCAUAUGGCCCUCCCCUCCCCACCUCUCCCGGCAUCUUCUUUUAAGGACACCAAUCAUUGAAUUAAAGGCACAUCCUAAUCCA